UCAGGAGAUGAGGUAGUGGAAACUCAGCGAAGUGAAAAGAGACGUCAAGUGGUGUUUACUGGACGAUAACAGAAUCCCAAACGUCUGAAAUUGAAACAAAAUCCCCAUUAACUCGGUGUAAAUGGGGAAAGGAAUGGGAAAAGGCGUCAUUGCUGAUGCUGCAGUGGAGAAAUACUUUGCUAACCUGAAAGCAAGCACAUCUUACAUCCUUGGACUUUUAGUUGGACAGGGGGAGUUUGUGGUGCAUGCAGCGAUGACCCCACUAAAGGAGGACAAUCCUGGUGGCCUGAUGAAUGAGGAUGACAAAGACUACAUCCUAGAUCACGCAGAACAUCUGAACCGCAUGGUUCCUGGAGGACUGUCUGUGAUGGGCAUGUUUGUGGUCUCCCCGUCCCACCAGACCAAAGAGAGCCAUAUGAAAAUGAGGCGGACUAUGGCUGCUGUGGAGAAUCGUGUAUCCGAGGACAGGCUUUGGGGUUUCUCAGAGGAGGACACCAAUGACAGAGUGAUGCUUCAUAUCUGCUCCAACACCAACAAGUAUCCUCUUACUCAGUCUCCACUGCUGAUGACACACACACUCAUCCACACACUCAUCCACACACAGUGA